AUGGAAAUUUUCAUUAAUAAAAUAUAUCCAUUUUUCCCCGUUAUUGAAAUAUCUGAUAAUAAAGAUUCAUUAAAUAAAUUUCCUCCAUUAUUAUUAAAUGCAAUUUUUUUAGUAGCAUCAAGAUGUUUACCCCAGAAUGAUAAUAAAGAUAACAACAACAACAAUAACCAACCUAUAAGAGAACGAUGUCAAGAAUUAUUUGAAAGGUGUAAAUUAUUAGAACUUUGUGAAAAUAAUAAAAUUGCUUUAAUUCAAUCAUUUUUAUUAAUGUCAAUUCAUGAAGAAGGUAUAAAUGGAAGUUCAUUAUCAAAAGAAUAUAUCACUAGAGCUUGUAAUUUAUGUGGAGAUUUAGGUAUUACUACGUUAAGUGGUUCAAAUGGUACGGCGGUUCAAGAUACUCAACAUCGAGUUUAUAAAAAACUUUAUUAUGAUAAAUCAAUAUUAAUAAGAUUAUUUUGGAUUUCUUAUGCUUGUGAUAUAUUAAGUGCUUCUACUCAUGCAAGAGAAGUAUAUUAUAAUAUGAAUGAUGUAUUUAUUGAUGAUGUACCUAAAGAAUUCCCUGAAUUGAUCAAAUUUGUUGAAUUACUGACAUUACUUUAUCGUACUUUGGGUAGUCAUUAUCGACCUCAUAAAGGACGAAUCAUUGAUGAAAAAUUAUUUACCGAUAUACAAAAUUGGAAUUCUUUGGUUGAUCAUCCAUGGUUGAAAUUGUUAUAUUCAUAUAUUUGUAUGAUAAAUUUACGUUGUGAAGUAGAUCCAAUAACAUUAGAUCCACAAUUGAUAAAUUCAUUACAAAUUCAAUUUGAUAAUGUUGCCAAUAUUGAUCCAUUUUGGUUUAAAUUCCAUAUUGUUGGUGUACAUAGUUUAUUACAUGUAACUUCAUUAUUAAAUCUUCUUGGUAAUAAUGAUGAAAAUUUGGAUACUAAUAAUAAGAUCAAAACCCGGUUGGAAGAUUUGAAAGAAAUAUGGUGGCUUGCAGCUUCAGGUCUCAAAUUAUUUGGCAAAUAG